AACGAAGCGAAUGAUCAAUGUUUAUUGAAAUAACAGCCGUCAAUCGGGCGGCAAUAUUUGUUGUACGGUGCGCACAUACUUUCGGAUAAAGGGAUCUGGACUUGCGCGGGAGCUGGCAUACUCGGCGCUUUUGCGUGGCAGCUGUUUAGUGCAUCAGCGCGAGUGCCGCGCACGUCGUUACCGAGUUCUGGUGGCUGAGUUACGUUACGUUAGUCCAUCGUGGAGCAUCGAUCGAGGUGAAUCAGGGAAAGUGCACGCGUCGAUCGGCUCGGAGCGACGAGAGGAAGGACCACCGGCGGGGCCUCGGAGGAGCGGAAGGAUAGGAAGAGAAGGGAAGAGAGAAAGGAAGAAAGAUCGGAACCAGCGUCAGGUUCGAUUAAAUUUAGAGGGAACUGGAAGAGAUCGUUGAGAUCGUAAACGAAACGACGAGCGAAAUCGCAGACGGGAUCGCCGCCGAGCGAAGCGAUCGUUCGCUCUUUGAUCGACUGCGAACCGGUGUUUUACGGCCAAUGAAGGCACGUAAGAGCCGCGACAAAAGUAAGUUCAUCAAUCGUACAGGCCGACUGUAGUGCCGCUCGAGUUUCCUCUCCAGUAAUCGGUGCAGGCCAGUCGAUACGCCGUGGAAAGAGAUCCUCCUUGAGACGAAGGGAUCGACACAGCCCAGGCCCGACCGAUCUCCCCCUUAAUCGCGAAAACUGUUCGUUGCGGUGUCAGUCAGUGCUAACAGCUGCCAAAGAUGCAACGGCAAGAGAGCGAGCUUGAAGAACUCGGGGGCGUUUUAGGGGGUUCCACCGCCGGUGCCCUUGCCCUCGGCGGCAGGUACAAGCCGGAGGAGCUUUCCACCUUGGCGGCCAACACCAGGUUCUCCAGGAAAGAGAUACAACUGAUCUAUCGCGGUUUUAAGCAGGAAUGCCCGACCGGCCUCGUCGACGAGGAAGCUUUCAAGCAGAUCUUCUCUCAGUUCUUUCCGCAGGGAGAUGCCAGCCAGUAUGCUCAUUACGUUUUCAACACCAUGAAGAGGAAACCGUCCGGGAAGAUCAGCUUCGAAGAAUUCUUGACCAUCCUGUCGAAAGUGUCGAGGGGAUCGGUGGAGGAGAAACUUCAAUGGAUAUUCGGGCUUUACGACCUGGACGGGGACGGGUUGAUCAGUAAGGAGGAAAUGCUGGACGUAGUCGGCUCGAUUUACGAGAUGUUGGGCCGUUACACUCAGCCACAAAUAGUCGAGCCGCAUUUGGCAGCCCGGGAACACGUCGAUCGCAUUUUCCACUUAAUGGACGCGAAUAAAGACGGCGUGGUGACAAUCGAGGAAUUAGUACAAUGGUGUUCGAAGGAUGAGCAGCUAUUGCGAAGUCUCGACACUCUCGACACUGUCUUAUGAGAUCUUUACGAUUACUUUUUAACCUUUGUCACUUCCCGAGAGCCACUCACCUCCUGGAAAUUGUAACGCAACGUUCGAUUCAGCUCUGAGCGCAAUCUCGAGAACCAUGUAAUAUUAAACAGUGAGAAUCGAGUUUCAGAUUGCCAUCCGAGCUCAUCGAAUGUUCUUUGUAAAUAUGUACCUACCCUACCUACCCAGUCUUUCAACCGUGAUAUCGGAAGCACGAUGAAUUUAACAGUAUUAUCUUGAUCCCUUUUCUUCUCGCGUCGCGUGCGAAUCGUUCGCUGGAUUCGACAGGUCGCUUGGUCGUGGUAAGGAAAAUUAAUUUAUAAAAAAAGAUUAAUUGGUAUGUCGUCGACGGAUAAUAAUAUUUCUUUACGGUUCGAAAUAGCACAGUUCAAUAAUUCAGAGUGAACUGUCGAAUCGCAGAAUUGCUAGAUAAGAUCGAUGCGACGGGAACAGUCCAGACACAAUGAAUUAUAACGGAGUCUGAAUGCUGUAUCCCAAAUACGAAUGAAUUUUUUAAAUUUUGUCAACUUAUGCUAUAACGUCUGUUCAAACAAAAUUCGAUUUGAUAUCGUCGACUUCUAUAUUUCUUCUUUCCUGUAUUCGGCGAUUUGAGAAAAGUGCUCGUUCUCUUAGGCAAUUUCGUCGCACAUACAAAGUAGUUUUAGUUUACGCGACUACCUAAUUGUCUCUAAUUAAAGUGCACGUACGAUGCUGAUCGUCGUGGCACUUAAAAAGUAUCUUCAAGGAGCUUCGAUUAUCCAUCGACCGGGUCGCCUUCAUAUGUUAUAUCUUUGCAAACGUAGUUACAAGGGUUGAACGUUUAUUUGAAAUCAUCGCAUCCAUAGCUUAACUGGAGAGAAGGAAUUGGAAUAGGAGUUUCUCCUAAGUUUCAACUAUUAGACUCUGGCACAUGCGAAUAAAGUUCUCAUCUGCGAUUAUAGAAAUCUUUCCUUCGAGUAAGAAAAUUGGAAAUUCGCGUAUGUCGAUAGAUGAUAGAUUUAACGGUAUCCUCGGAGACCCACGAUGGAAGAUGUAGUCAUAGUUACCCAGUAAUAGUGGAUGAUCGUAGUACCCUCGACCAAUUAAGAGAAACGUGGUCUUUUAAAGAUCAACGCCUCGUGUGAUUUUCUCGUACCUUAUCUACUAUAUUUAUUAUUACUGUUAUAAUGACAAUUAUUAUCAUUCCAAUUACAUGUCGUUUAUUGAAUUGAUGCGAGCAAGCAGAGACUAUAUCGAUAUGUACUCAAGAUAUUCUAAAACACGCACGAUAUCUUAUGCGUACAAAUCUCAUCGAAUUUGUUGAAUUUCACAAGUUUAUUGAAAUACUGUA